AUGAAAAACUAUUUCACGAAUAAUACAGAGAAUAAUGAAAUAAACAACAUUUAUAAAAAGUCAAAAGUAGAUAAUGAAAAAGAAAAUGCAGAUAAUAAUAAUAUAAAAAUUAAUGAUGUUUAUAAUAAAAAAAAUACUGAAAAAAUGCAAGAACAUAAUAUAAAUGAAAUCGAUAAACUUAAAAACGAACUAAAAAGUGUAAUAAUAGAAAACAGUGAAUUAAAAAAGAAAUACAAUGAAGAUACUGAAAAAUUAAAUUUAAUUUCUUUAAAAAAUGCAUCACUUUUAAAAGAGAUAAAUGAUGAGAAAAAAAAUAUUCAAAUUGAAUAUAAUACUUAUAAAGAAGAAUCUGUAAAAGAUAUAAGAAGAUUACAAGAGGAGUUGGAUAAAAAUGUUGUUAUAUUAAACCGUUUAAAAGAUGAAAUAUUAUUUAAAGAAGAAGAAUUAAAAAAAUUUCAAGUUAUAGAAAAAUUAUAUAAAGAAGAAUGCGAAAUCAAUGAAAAAAAUGAUAUAAGAAUAAAAACAUUAGAACAAAUUCUAAGGGAGACAAAGGUGAAUGAAAAUGAUACAAGUGAUAAAAAUUUGAACCAAUAUAAUAGUAAUACAUCUGAAAAUGGUCAGAUAAAUGAUAACAAAAAAUUAACUGAUGAAGAAAUUCAAUUGAAUAAAAGAGAAUUGGAAAAAAAAAAUGAAGAAAUAAAUAUGUUAAAUAAAAAGUAUGAAAGUUUAAAAAGAACAAAUAAAGAAAUAGAAAAAAAAAUAUGUUUUUUAAAUGAAGAGCUCGAUUAUUAUAAAAAUAAUGAAAAUUGUUUAGUCAUGCAAAAUAUUUUUAAUACAGAAAAUAAUGUUAGCGAUUCUGUAUGUAAAAAACACCUUGUCAAAGUAUCUAUACUUUAUAAUAUAUUAAGUAAAAUAAUUAUAUAUGAUCAAAAUGAUCUAAAAGAAAAAGAUAAGAUGGUUUAUACAUUGGAAAAAGAAAACAUUCAUUUUUUGAAGAAAUUUAUUGCAGAUGAAAUGUAUUGUCUAUAUUUAAAAGAUUGUAUUAGUAAAAUAAAUUUAACCUAUCAAGUUGAUCUUCACAAACAAGAAAAAAAAUAUAUGCUAUUAAACUCAGAAUACGAUGAUCUUUAUAAUAAAUUUUUGUUUGAAAAAAAUGAAAAUUGUUUAUUAAAUGAAAAAUAUGAUAAAAUUAUUUUUAACCAAAAAAAAGAAAUUCGAAGUUUAAAGAAUCAUAUAUCUAAUCAAAAUAAAGACAAGGAAUUGUUAACAAAAUAUAUUGAUAAUUAUAUUACUUAUAUAGAAAAUUCAUAUCAACAAUAUUGUAUAUUAAAUAAUGAGUAUAAAAACCUAGAAGAUCUAGUUAAUGACCUUAAGGAAAAGAAUAAAAAUCUAACUUCCUUGGUCAAUGGUAUAAGCAUGAAUAAUAAUAACAAAGGUAUUAAUGGGGAUUCUAUAAAUGAUUUAGACUCAUUAAAUGUUAGUGAAAGUAUUGGAGAUAACAAUAUUAGUAAAGAUAUUAAUAAUUCUAAUGAUAGUAUGAAUAAAAAAAAUAAAAUUACUCUUGAUGUAGAUCAUAUGAAAUUGAUAAAAAGUGAUAUUAAAGAUAAAGAAAUACGAAUAGUAGAAUUAGAAAGUAAAAACCUUGAAUUGGUAAAAACAAUUGACAAUUUGAACGAAGAAAUAUUAAAAAAUAAAAAAAAUGAAUAUGCAGAAAAUGAAUCAAUGAAAAUUAAAGAUCUAUGUUUUGAUCUUAAAGAUAUUUGUUCAAAGUUAGAAUUGGAAAUAAAAGAAAAAAAUUAUAUUAUUGAAGAGUUAACAAAACGAUUAACUCAAUCAGAAAAUAAAAAUAAAGACAAUCAAGUAAUAUUAGAAUUAUCUGAAUUUAGAAUUAAAAAUUUUAAUGAUAACAUUAAAUAUUAUCAAGAUAAAAUAAAUGAAUUAUGUGAUAAAUUAAAAACAAAAGAGUCAGAAAAUGCAAUUUUUCAAGAUUUUAAUAAUAGAUUAAAAGAAGAAAAAGAAAAUCUUUCAUAUGAAAAUAUAAGUCUUAUUGAAAAAAAUAACCAGUUACAAAAAGAAAAUGAACUUUUAAAAAAAGAAAUAAUGUUAUUAAAAACUGGAGGAAAUAAUGUUAACUCAGAAUCGAGUAAUAAUAUUCAUGGUAAUGUUAUUAAUAAUGAAAAUGGCUAUAAUAAUCCCAACGAUGAGUUUGUACCUAUGGAUAAUAGUAUAUUUUUAAUGGAUAAAUCAUACGAAGCAAAUAACCAAGUUACGAAUUACGGCACAAAUGAAGGAAAUCAACAAAAUAGUUUAAUUAAAAGAACUUUGACAUUUGGAAAUGCAAAUAAACAGACUUGGAAAGAUAAUGGAGAUUUAGCUACAAAAAUAAACCAUUUAUCUGAAGAGAAUAAUUUACUAAUUAAAGAAAAUGAAGAGAUUUUUCAUAAAUUAGAGCAAGUAUCUAAUGAAAAUGUAAAAAUAAGAAAUGAAUUAUUAUAUGCUAAAACAGAUGCUGAAAAAUAUUUAUUUCAUUUAGAACACGAGAAAAAACAAAAUGGUAAAUAUAAAUUAUUAUUAAAACAAAAAAAAAGAAAAGGCAAUGAACUUAAAAGAACAUUCAAUAAAAUGAUGUUAACAGUAAAAAACUUAGUUGUUAACAUUAAAAAAAUUGACAGAGAAAAUAAAAAAAAUGAUAUUAACAAUUCAUUUUUUAUUUCUUCGUCAUCUGAAAAUAAUUCUAAUGACGAAUAUUUUUCUGAAAAUGAUAAAGCAAGUACUAAUUUUAUGUUCUCAUCAGUUGAAAAAUCAAGAAAAAGUGCAAAUAGCACUACUGUUGAUGCCAGGUCUAGUUUUUAUAGUAAGUCAACUAAUGCAUUAGGAAUAUCAGACAAUGGAAAUAUACCUUUGUCGAUAUUUAAAAAUAGAACCAUAUCAAAUAAUAAUGAAACAAUUGAAAAAAGAACCAAUAAUCAUAAUAACAUUGGUGGAAUUGAUAAAAAAACGAAAAAAAAAACAAUAAAAGGAAUUUAUAUAAAAAUUCGAAUGCAUAGAUUUUCCAUAUGUGAUAAUUUUAGAAUAGACGCAAAAAAAUAUAAAAAAGCAUAUAGAGAACUAGAUAACACACUAAAUAAUAUAAAUAAAAUUGAGAACAAUAUGAACCUGAAUAAGUUGAAUUCUCAACAAAGAGUCGACAGCAAAGGGUUAGACACAUUUUAUUCUAUUCCUAAUAGUUGUAAUUCGAAAUUUAUAGAAUUUGAAAAAGGUGACGAAAUAAAUGAUGUUCAAAAUGGUGAAAAUAUAUUUGUAGAAAGAAAUAAUCCUAAAAAAACUCGCGAAAAAAAUAAUCAGCUCUUUUCGACUUUUCAAACUAAAAAAAUGAUCAAUGAUUUGAAUUAUAUAAAAAGAAAAUAUGAUUCCAAAAUAAAGGAAACACUAAAUAUGCAAAAAAAAUUAAUGGAUAAUGAAAAAGAAUUAAAUUGUAAUAAUGCAAAAUAUGUGAACUUACUAAAUGAGCACGAUUUAUUAAUAACUGAAAUAAAAGAAAGAACAGAUAAAUUAACAAAUAUCGAAAAAGAUUAUAAUGUUUUAUUUGCAAAAUAUAGUGAAAAACAAGAUGAACUUAAAAUGCAUGAAAAGAAAACGCAAGAAGUUUUUAAUGAGUGUAAUGAAUUAGUAAAAUAUAUGGAAAAAAAAGAAAAAAAAAUUAACGAAUUUGAUGAAGACUUAAAAAAAAUGGAAAUAAAAUAUAAAGAAGAAAAAGAAAAAAAUGAUAUACUAACUAAAGAUAACAUUUCACUAGAUAAUAUAAAUUCUAAAUAUAAAGAAGAUAUCGAACUUUAUAAAAAAAAAAUCGAAAGUAUGAAAACUGAAUUAAAAUUGAGGUUGACAAAAAUUGAAGAAUUAGAAUUAAUUCAGAAAAAUACAGAAAAUGAAAUGUUUUACUUGAAAUCAGCUACAUAUAAAUAUGAUGUAAGUCUAAAAGAAGCACAUGAUGAAUUGAAUAAAAUAAAUGAAGAGACAUUACGAUUGAGAAGGGAAUUACGAGAAAAUCAAAUGAACACAAACACGCUAAAAGAACAAAUUUUAAAUAGAGAUUAUUUCUUAUAUAAUGUUAAUGAAUCCUAUAAAAAGAAAGAAUAUUUUUAUAAUAAUUUAAAACAUAAAAUUGGAGGGUUUUAUAAAACAUUUAUUGAAUUGUGUGAAAAUUUUGAAAUGGGUGAAAUUAAAAAGUUUAAUGAAUUAUAUGAAAAUUUUGAAUUUAAUGAUGAUGAAUAUAGAAAAAAUGUUAUAAAUUUUCAAUUAAAAGAUAAAGAUAAAUUUUCCAAUAGUGUUGAAGAUAUUGUAAAAACAGUUGAUAGAUUAAGUGAAUUUAAUGCAUAUUAUGAAGAGGAAAAAAAUGAUAUGUUGAAUAAAAUUAAAGAAUUAGAAAAUAAAUUAAAAAUAAAAAUGAAUGAAUAUAAUAAAUUAUAUGAACAAUAUGAUAAUAAUAUGAAAAAUAUAAUAAUAGACAGAGAUGAUAGAGUAGCAGAUUGUUUAAUUCUUUCAGAAGAUGUAAAGAAAAAAAAUGCAGAAAUAAAUUUAUUGAUGAAAGAAUUAGAUGGUAAAAACUUAGAAUAUAAUGAGGUACAAAUGAAAUGCAACUUUUUAUCAAAUGAAGUGCAAGCUUUAGAAAAUUCAAAGCUGGAUAUGAAGGAAAAAUUCAAUGAAAUUGAAUUUCAACGAGAAAAAGAAAUUGCAUUUUUAAAAAAAGAAAAUGAAUCAUUAAAAGAUGAUAUAUACAAUAUUAAAAAAAUAAUUCAAAAUGUAGAUGAUGAAAUUAUGAGUUUAAAGGAAACUAUUAAUAAUUUAAAACAAGAAAAAUAUAAUUACGAAAAAGAGAUUGAUAAAUUAAGAGAAAUAUUAGAAGAAGAAAAAAGAUAUCAUGACAUGUUAAAAGAUAAUGAAGAAAAUUUUAUAAAAGAAAUUAAAGAAGCACACCAAUAUGCUAUAAAAAAAGAAGAAGAAAUAAAUUCUUUACGACGAGAUAGUGAAAUGAAUCAAAGAAAUCAUAUAGACGAAAUUGAAAAAUUAAAAUUAAAAAAUAGAGAAAUUCAAGAUUCAAUAAAAAACCAUCUUAAAAUGGUUUCAGAUUUAGAAUUACAAAUGUUAGAAUACAAAGUUUUAUUAGAUAAAAAUACUAGUAUGAAGAUGCUAGUUCAAGAUUUGGAAAAUAAAAUUGACGAAUUAAUAAAAGAUAAUGAAAAACUAUCUAUAGAUUUGAAAAAAGAAAAACUAAUAAAUGAAGAAAAAGAAAAAAAUAUGUUAGUACUACAAGAAGAUAUCAAGAUGCUCGAAACAAAAAUCAAUGAAAAUGAUUCUAUAUUAUUAAAAUUAAAUGACGAAAAAGAUCAAUUAAAUCAAGAAAUUUUUAUACUUAAUGAUAUCAAGAAUAAUAAAGACAAUAUAAUAGAGGAGCUAGAAAACAAUUUGAGAAAAGCUGUUUUUGGAGACAUUAAAAUUAACGAUUUAGAAAAAACACAAUUUGAGCAUAAGGUGUUUACAGAUGAAGACCUCGGAAUUAAUAUGGCGAAUAAUAUGAAUUAUGGAAAUCCAGGUGAUUCAAAAAUGUGUAUAUUUAAUAACAAUAACAAUAAUGGGGCAUAUUUUAAUAAUGUCAUUGAACUGAAAAAAUAUAGUCUUUUUUUGAAAGAAGAAAAUGAUACGAUAAAGCAAGAAUUGAGAAAAAUGAAAGAUCAGUCAUAUAUGAAUGAAAGAAAACAUACGGAAAUGGAAAAAAUUCUUGAAAAAAGAAAUGAUAUCAUUCGAAAAAUGAAUGAUGAAAUAAUUUCAUAUAAUGAAAAAAUGAAAAAUUUAGAAAAAGAUACAAGUCAAUUGAAUUCAGAAUUAUAUGCUGCUAAUGAAUUAUUAGCACUUAGAAGUGAUGAAUGUAAAGAGUUAUCCAUAGAAUUAUAUGAACUUACAGAUGUAAAAAAUAAGCUAAUUGUACAAAAUGAAGUGUUCCAAAAACAAUUAAACUUUUAUAAACAACAAAUCGAUGAAAAAUCGGAACUUUUAAAUAAUUUAGACUUGAAAAAGGAGGAAGAAGAUAAUAAACAAUAUGAACAAAAUCUUUUAUUUGAUGAAUAUAAUAGAACAUUAAAUUUUUAUUAUAAAAUAUGUUCACACAUUAUUUAUUAUAAGAAAUGUGUAGAGAAAGAACUUUCUGAUCGAAAACAAAUCGAUUCUAAAAGCAUAAAUGAAGAAAGCGUAAUAAAAAAUGAUAGAUAUGGAAUUAAAGGCAAUUUAAAUGACGAACGUGAUGAUAAUAGAAAAAAUACAAAUAACGAUGAUGACAUCGAAAUUUUUAAAUCAAUAAACAUUAGUAACUUUAAUGAUACGGAUAAUAAUAUUAUGGAAAAUAUAAAAAUAAAUAAUACGAACGAAAUAUCUAAUUAUAUUAACGAGUUUUUAAAUUGUGUAAGAUUAUUAAUUUUUAAAAAAAGAGUAUUUGAAUCUAAAUUAGAAAGCGCUGAAAGGAAAUAUAAUAGUUUUAAAGAAAAAUUAAAAGAAGACAGGGAUUUAAUUUGGGACUUGAAAAAGAAAUUAAGACAAAAAGAAGAACUUAAUAUGGAUAAUAAAAAUAUAUUUGAAUUUUCAAAAGAUAAAAAUAUAGAAGUGAAAGAUUUCUCUAUGAAUUAUAAAGAUCUAAGCAGUAGUAUACAUGAAUAUGUAAAUAAAAAUGAUGUAAUGGAAAAAGGGAAAGAAAUAUUAAUAUUAAAACAUGAAAAUGAUAAAUUAGUAGAAGAAAAUAAAUUUUUGCAUGAACAAAUAAUGAAUUAUACGAAUUUAAAAAAUAGUGUUAAUGAAAUAAAUAAAAAAAAUGAAUUUAAUGAAAAGGAAAAUGCAACAAAUGAUUAUACAUAUGUCGCUGAAAAUAAAUAUUUAAAAUUCCAAAUAGAUACAAUAUCUAACGAAUUAAAUGUUUAUAGAAAUAAAAAUGACUAUUUAAAAAAGAAAACGGCAAAUUAUGAAGAUAUCAUAUCUAAUUUACAAAAGGAAUUAAUUAUCAUUAUAGAUAAACAAAAAGAAUGCGAUAAGGAAUAUUUUAAAAUGGAAAAAGAAUUAGAAAACAAAAAUAAAAAUAUUGAACAUUUAAUAAAAAAAAGAAAUGAAGAUAAAGAACAUAUGGAAAAUGAAUAUGCUAGAUGUCUAAAAUUGGAAAAAGAAUUUUUGUCCUUAACUGAUGAUAUAUUUAAAAAGGAUUAUAAAAUAAAAGAAUACAUAGAACUAGUGAAAAAGCUAAAUGAAGACAUAAAAGAGCAUGUGCUAGAAAAAGAAGAAAUGAAAAAAUAUAAUGAAAAACUGAAAAAAAAAUAUAGCAUUUUUGAAAAUAAGUAUAAUGAGCUAUCACAGAUUUUUGAAACUAAUGAAAAGACAAAUAAAGAAAAUGACAAUAAAAAUGAAAAUAUUCUUAUAAAUAAAUUAAAAAAUCAUGAUAACAUUAUAUCCGAUUUAUUAAGGGAAAAGGAAUCGCUAUUAAAUGAAUAUGAAGAUUUGAAAACAAAUUAUGAUCAAAAAUUAAAAAUAGAAUCUAUGUUAAAUAGUGAGGUUGAUCAAUUAAAGAUAGAAAAUCAAAUGUUGAUGGAAAAAAAUAACGAAUUAAUUGACGAAGUGAAUAAACUGAUAAAAGAAAAUGAAAAAUAUAAUAUAAAUUUAGUAGACAUGGAUAAAGAAAAAUUUGAUAUAUAUAUGAAAUACUUAAAAGCAACUGAAGAGCUAAAUAAUAUUACAUCAUCUUCUUUAAAUGAAGACAUUUCUGCAAAAAAAACGAAAAAUGGAAAUGAUAAUCACGAAAAUAUUGAUAAAAAUUAUAAAGAAAACAUCGAAAAAUUUUUCUUACUAAAAGAAAAAAGCCUAAAGGAAAAAGAAAAACUAAUAGACGAUAAAUUAAAUCAUCUAAAAGAAUAUGAAAAAGAGUUGGCUAUAAGUAAAGACAAAUUACGAAAUUCUGUCAGACAAAUGAAAGAUAGCCAAAAUGAAUUAUAUACAAUUGAAAAAAGUAACAUUGUUAUAAAUAAUUUAAAAAAAGAUAUAAACAUGUUAAGUAUUGAAAAUGAUGCAUUAAAAGUUAAGAUUAAAGACAUGGAACGAUUAAAUGAUACAAUAUUUAAUGAUAAUAAAGAAUUAGUAAAAGUUAUAUCGUCUUUAGAAGAGAAAUAUAACAAUGGUAUUAAUAUGUCUAAAAAUGAAAAAGGUCAAAACGAUAAUAGUAAGUUUAUUAAUAAAAGUUAUGGUAAUGAUGAUAAAAAAGAAUUGUUGAAGAGUCAAGAAAAAAUAGAAAACGAAAUAAAAAUGAUUGAAAUGGAAAAUCAUACCAAAAAUUUAAUUAAUGAAAAUAGGUUAGGAAAAGAAGAAAAUGAAAAUCUAAAAAUCGAAAUAUAUAAACUUAAAAACCAAAUUGAUGAAUACAGUGAAACUCUAAAUAAACGUUUUAAAUAUAAAGAAAAUAAUAAAAAAGCCAAAAAUUAUUUGUACUAUUUAAAUGAUAAAAUUAAAGGGCUUAUUGAAAUAUUUCGGGAAAAUAAUUUUAAUUAUGAAUUUUUUAAGACUGAAUUAAAAAAAAUAAAAUCAGCUAAUUUAAUGAUUAUCAAUGACAACUUUGAUGAUUUAAGUCCUAUACAAAAAAUGGAAGACAGAAAUGAUAAUAAUUCCCUUUAUAGCGAAAUCCAUACAAAUGAGGGUAGUUAUCAUAUGAGUAAAAGAAAUAGCAAAUUAGAAGAAGAUGAAAAUAUAGAUGAUAAUGCUAGUAUUAGUUCAAAAAUAAUAGUAAAUAUCUUAGGAUCACAUUGGAAAAAUAGUAAUGAAGAUGGUAUAGUAAUAGAUAAGGCAAAAUUAAAUAAAAUUUAUAAGUAUAUUAUGACAUUAAAAGAAAAUUAUUGUGAUAAAGAAUUAAUUGUACGUAACCAAAAAAAUAUAAUAGAAGAAUUAAAAAAUGAAAUUGAUAAUUAUAUAAAUCUUAAUAAAAAAUAUGAAGAGGAGAAUAUAGAUUUAAACAACAAAGUAAAUGAAUUGGUACAAGAAAACUCGUCUAAUGUUCAGAAAUUUUCUAAAAUUCAUGAAAAUUUAAUAACAAAACUUGAGGAAGAAGUUCAUAAGAAUAAUAACAUGUUAGAGGAAUUAAAUAUAUUAAAUAACAAAAUAAAAGUAUAUGAAGAAAAUCAAGUACAAAUCGAAAAUGCAUUAAAAUUCCAAAAUUUUAAUAUAGAUAAUAGUAUAUAUAAAAAAGACGAACACAUAGAAAACUCUAAUCUUAGAAAAAUAACAAUCUUAUUAAAAGAAUAUAAUGAGCUUGUGCAAAAUAAUUCAAAUCUGCUGUUAACAAAUGGGGAUGUUUUAUCUGAAAAUGAUGAAUUAAAAAACAUUAUUAAAAAAAUGAAUGAUGAUAUUGAUAUAUUAACAAAAGAAUUAAAUGAAGAAAAAAAUAAAAAUUGUUCAGGCGAAUCAAAAGGAAAGGGAUUUGAAAUGAACACAAGCAAAAACAAUAGUCGUAAUAGUAGACAUUCUCAAAAUGAGCAAAGAGACUUAUUAAAUAGCAUGCUAACUUCUCAUGAUCAAAAAAUUAGCGUUUUAAAAAAGAAACUAGUUGACAAUGGUGAUAUAAAUGAUACUAUAAAACAAUAUGAAGAAAUAAUAAUAGCAAUUGAAAAAAAAAAUAAUGAACUAGAAAAUGAUUGUGAAUUUUAUAAACAACAUAAUAGCGAAUUGAGUGACAAUUACAACCAAUUGAUAACCGAUUACAAUUCUUUGAAAGAUUUUAUCAAAAAGAAAAAAAUCGAAUUAAAUUUUUCAGAUAUACAAAAUAGCAAAAGCGAAAUUAGAAAUAGUUUUAUUCAAGACAAUUUAAAAAAGGAACACAGAGAAAGUAUACAUAGCGAAGUAAAUAAUUCGAAUAAUUUUUUAAUUUCAGAUAAUGAUUUAUUAACAAUUAAAAAUCAUAUAAAUUCAAUUGAAAAGUUAAACAAUGAGUUAUUAAAUAAUAAACAAGUUGAAAUGUAUAUAACCUUAGUUAAAAAAGACAUAGAUUAUUUGCUUAAAAAUAAACAAAAUGACCAAGUAAACAAAAUAAGCACAUCGAAUGACGAAUUAAUAAACCAAAUUAUAGAAAAAGAAGAUGAAAUAAAAAAUUAUCAGGAAAUUAUUAACAAUUUAAAAUCUCGUAUUGAUAACAAAGAUGAAAUAAUUAACAAUUUAAAACGCAAUUCUGAAGAAUUUCGAAAAAUGAUAAAUUUGAUGAGAACACAAAAUAAUAAUGAUCGCAUUGAAUCCAUUAACAAUUUGAGUAAUAGUAAUAAACUUGAAAAUGAAGAAAAUAAUGAAAGUAAUAAGGGAGAUAAUUCUGGAUUUUCACAAAAAGAUGAUAUGCUUGUUAAAAUAAGAGCAGGAUAUGAAAAUUUACUAAAUGAAUAUAAUGUAUCAAUAAAUACGCUUGAAGAAACUAAAGAAAAACUUGAAAUGCUAAAAAAUGAAAAGAUAAAGUUAGAAAGAUUAAAAGAAGCAGAAAUGAAUGAUAAAGAAUAUAUUAUUAAAAAAUUAGAAUUAAUUAAUAAUCAAAUUAAGGAAAAAUCUAUUGAACAAAAUAAAUCGCUAAAUGAUGAAAUUCAAUUAAAAGACAAUGUGAUACAAAAUAAAAUCGAAUUAAUAAAUGAUUUACAUAAAGAAAUUGAUAUAUUAAAAGAAGAGAAAAAUAAAAACUUAAAAUAUAUAAAUGACUUAGAAUUCCAAAUUGUUAAUCUAAAUAAUGAAAUAGAAACAUUAAAAAAUAUAUUAAAUGAUUCAAAAGACGAAAUGAAAUUAUUAAGUAAUGAAUUAGGUAAAAAGGAAAAUACGAUUCAUAUUUUAAAAACUGAUAUAAAACGAAUAUCAAACAGUAUUAAAGCGGAAAAUAACGAUUCUCAAAAUGAACAUAAAAACAGUUCGCACAGAAAAUCCGUACCAUCAUCUCAUAAAGGACAUAGUAAUAGCUCGUUGGUAAAACAAAACGAAACAAUAAUGGAAAAAAACGAACAAAAUAAUAAUGAUGAAAAAAAUUUAGAUGAAGAUGAAAACGAGAGACAAUAUAAUAAUAUUCUAAAUCAAAGCCAUUUACAUUUUGAAAAAAUAAAUGAACUUAGAAUGGAAUUGAAAAACUCUUUUGAAAAUUAUAAUAAAUUAAAAUUUGAUAACAAAAAAAAACUCAAAGAUUAUGAAGAUGAGGCAAAUAGUUUAAAAUCCUAUAUAAAAAAAAUAAAAGAUGAAAAUGAAAAAAAAGAUAAAAAAUAUGCAUUAAUAGAGCUAGCAAUAAAAGAAAUGGAUAAAGAAAUUAUCUCAUUAAAAGACGAUAUAAAACAAAAAUGUUUAUAUAUAAACGACCUUGAAAUGAAUGUUGAUAAAACAAAAAGAGAGAUACAACUCAUUGUAGAUGAUAUAAAUAAUGUUCAGCAUAUUGUUAUGAGUUAUUUCCAAAAUGAUAACUCUAGCAUAGAAGAAUUAACAAAAAAAAUAAAUGCACAAAUGAAUACUAACCAUCUAUUAUUUAUUAAAGAAAUUGUUAUAAAAUUUCACCAUAGAACUUCUCGAAAAAGUAGAGAAUCGAAGGUAAGGGAAAAUGCUGAUGAUGAAAAUCUCGCGAUAAAAGAAAGAGAACUUAUAAAUUUACAAAAUGAAUUAAAUAAUAUUAUUUCAGAAAAGGAAAUGCAUAGCGAUGCAAUAAAAAAUAUGAAACACCAAUUGGAUGAAUUUCAAGAUCAAAAAAAUAAUUAUAUUAACGAAUUAAGAAUUUUGGAAAAGGAGUUAGACAUAAAAAGAGAUGAGAUAGAAAAGUUCAACAUCAAAUUAGAGGAAAUAAAUAGAAGAGAAGAGAGUUUAGCAUAUAAAGAAAAUGAAUUUAUACAAAUAAAAGAAGAAAUAAUGAACAGAGAAAGGGAUAUAAUAGAUAGAGAACAUGAAAUUACUGAAAAAGUAAAUGAAUUAUCAUAUAAAGAAAAAGAAUUAGUUGAAAAAGAACAUGAAUUGCUUAAUAAAGAAAGUGAUAUUUUGAAGAAUAAUGAAGAUUUCAUAAAUAAUAAUAAUGAAUUAGCAAGAAAAAGAGAAGAAUUAAAUAUUGAACAAAUUCAAAUAGAAGAAUUAAAAAAUGACCUUAUUUUAAAAUUUGAACAUUUACACAAUGAACAAAAGGAUAUAAAAAUAAAAGAAACGAAACUAAAAACUAUUUAUAAAAAAUUAAAAAACAAUAAUAUUAAUGAUCUUUUAGAUGUAAGUAAUGAUGAAAAUUUAUUCAAUAGCCGAACAAGAAGUAAUAUAAAUGGAAAUAACAAUGAAAAUGAAAAUAGCAACAUUUCAUCGAUGCGAAAAAUAGCAGAGUUAGAUAAUUUAGAAAAUCAAAGCGAAAACUUAAACUUGGAUUCUCUAGAAUAUACAACCUAUUUUAAUGAAUUUAAAAAAAAAAUAAAAAAUCUAAAACAAGAUUUACAAUCUCGUGAAAAGGAAUUGGAAUUUUUCGAGAAAACACUUGAAAUUGAAAAACGAGAAAAGGAAGAAUAUAGAAACGAAUUAGACAAUUUAAAAAAUUUGUUACAUGCAGAACAAUUAAAUAAAAAAAAAUUGGAUGACCAACUAGAAAGAUAUAAAAAUGAUGAUGAACAUAUUAUCAAGUCAUUAAAAGAAUCAGAAGAAAUAAUAAAUGAAAAAAACACGCUAAUAUUAGAAUUACAGCAAAAGUUGGCACAAGCCUCAUACGAAAUUAGUAUGAUAGAAAAUAAGAGUAAUAAAAAAAGUAAUAACAACAGUUAUAAUGGUGAAAGAAAUAGUGAAUAUGAAAAAAAACUUGAAGAAUUAAACAAUAUAACUAAUAGUUAUGAAAAAGAAAUAAAUGAAUUAAAUAAAGAAAAGGAAAAUAUUACAAAACAAUUUAUGGAAAAAAUUAUGGAUGAUGAAGAAGGUAUAAAUAAACUAAAAGAAGAACUCAAUGACGCAAAUGCAUUAAUUGUAAAUUUAAAAAAUAAAAAUAAUGAACUAUAUAAUGUAAAUAUAGAAAUGGAACAAGCAAAUAAAGACAUGAGAGAUGAUAUUGAUAUUCUGUUGGCAAAUAUAGAUAAAUUAAACGAUGAAAAAAAUGUUACUGAAAAUGAAAAGGAACAAAAGGAAUUAAAAUAUAAUGAAUUAAAAAUAAAUUAUGAACACAAAGUAAAGGAAUGUAAUAAAUUUUUUAACAUGCUUCCACCAAAAAUGAAAAAAAAAAUAGAAUAUGAAAAAAAACACAGGAAUAGCAAAGAAGGCAAUAUUAAUAUGAGCCAAUUUAAUAGUAGUGUCAUAAGCAAAGAUCACGAAUCAUUAGGAAAUAGUUCUGAAGAAGAAACGUGUGAUAUUGAUAAAAUAGUAAAUGUUGUGGAAAAUGGACAAAAUGGCAAAAGGGCAUCAAUUAAAAUAAAUAAUAUACUAAAUGAAAAGGAUAUGGUUAUCGAAUCAUUAAAUGAGAAAUUGCUAUACUAUGAAAAAGAUAAUGCAAAAAACCAUGAAAUUAUAAAUGACUAUAAAUCUAAAAUUGAUGAACUAUUAUCAAAAUUAAAUAUAUUUGAAGGAAAUAUGCCAUUUUUCAUCAAAAUAAAUGAAAUAAUAAAUGAAAACAAUUAUACACACCAAUAUGUUCUAAACCUUUUGAACAAUGCAAUUUUAUAUAGAAAAAUUAUAACAAAAAUAUUCAUUGAAAAUCAAUUUUAUAAAGAAAUUAUUCAAAUAAAAGAAUAUAUUUUUGAUAUAAUCAGCAAAAAUACUUCUAAUAAGAAAAAAGAGACAUUAAAAUUGAGUAUGAUUAAAAAAAAAGGAAGCCCCAAAAAAGGUCAUCAUAGUGUUAGCCAUCCUAAUUAUCCUUUACAUAUGAGCGACGCUAUACACAAAUAUCAAAACCCAAAUGAUGAAGAACAAUCUAUGGAUGGAUUAGACAUAGAACCAGAGACAAAUAUGAUAAUAAAAGCUGUAAAUGACGAAUUUGACACUUUUGAGAAUAUAUGCAAUGAAUUAUAUAACUUAAAUAAAAGUGAAGAAUGGGAUAUAAUGUAUAAAAAGUUAAACGUAUUAGAAUACAGUUAUAAUAGUAUUAUAAAUAUUAUAAUAAACGAAAUUAAGAAAACCAACAAAAUAUCAAAUAUCGAAAAGUCCGAAUUAAAAAAAAAUAUGAAAUUAUUAAAAAAGAAAUAUAAUUCUUUAUCAAAUGACUUUUUACAAAAUGUUGAAGAUGUCGACAAAUUAAAACUUAUAUUAGUGAAAGAGUCCGAACAAAAUGAAUUGUUAGUAACUGAAAAUGAAGAAUUAAAAAAUCUUUACAAAGAAUUAAAUGAUGAAUAUAAUGAGAAAUUAAAUUUAAUCAAACAAAAUGAAUAUCAAAUUAAAAAUUUACAAGAACAAUUAAUUGAAAAAAAUGAAAAUAAAACAAAAACAGAGGAAAUUAAUGAAUUUCUAAAAACGGACUUAGAUUAUUUAAAUACUUCUUUAGAACAAGCAAACCAAAGUUUAACCAAUUUAAAUAGUGAAAAUGAGAAAAAUAAAAUUGCCUUAAAACAAUUAACAGAGGAAAAUAUUUAUCUAAAAAACCAAAUCGAAGAUAAGGAAGAAAAUAUAGAAUAUUUAACACAAAAAAUUAAAUCAAAUGAUCAAGUAAUAAGUGAAUUAAAAGAAUUUAAUGAAAUGUUGAUAAAGAAGGUAGAAACUUAUGAUUCUAUAGAAGAACUAAACAGAAAGGAGGGAAAUAACCAUACUAAGGGGCAUAUUGAAAAUAAUUCGACAACUGAACUGUAUGAUCAUAAUCGAUUCUAUGAAGACAUCGAUAAAAAUGAACUAUUAGGAGUUAUCAGUAAAUUAGAAAAUGAUAAUAAUAAUCUCAAAGAAGAAUGUGAUAUGUUAAAAAAUGAUUUUUAUAUAUUAAGCGAAAAAAAUCACGAAUUAGAAGAAAUCAUACAAAAAAAUGAUUUACCAAUAAAAUAUAAUGAUGAAUUAGACAUAAAAAAUGAUAUUAUUGAAAAGGAAAAUUUAAUUAAUGAAAGAAAUAAAUAUAAAAUAAAAUGUAUACAAAUUAUAGAUAUAUGUUUUAACAAAGAUUUUAGUAUAAUAGAUAUCAGGGAAAAAAUAGUAGCAAUUUUUGAAAACGACGAUGAAGAAAUAAUAAAUAUAAUAAAUUGUCAUAGAAGUAUGCUAUCUAACAAUACAAAUGAAGAAUUUGGUUAUGAUAAAGAAAAUAAUCCAAUUAAAAAUGCACGUCAUUCUAGAAUCAUUCGAGGAACAAAAAGUGUAUGCAGUGUUGCAGAUAAUAAUCAAUACAACGAAAAUGAAAGCAUGAAAGACAGAUUGUCUAAUCAAAGAAAAGAUGAUGCAGCAAAAACACAUCAAGAAAAUAUCACACACAUAGAAGAAAUGAGUAAAAAAAACGAAGAAUUAAUAAAAAAAAAUGAACAAAUAUGGAAAUUAAACAAAUAUAUAGAAGAUUUAAAUAAAGAAAUUACAAAUAAAGAUUAUAUAAUUAUGAAAAGUCAGCAAGAAUCCGCAGACAAAAAUGAUGUGCUAGAAAAAAAUAAACAAUAUAUAAUUUUUUUAAAAGAUCAAAUAAAAUUAUUAUGUAAUAAUAUUGAUGAAAAUAAUUUAUUCGAUAUAGAUAAUGUUAAUUUAUCACCAACACUUCGAAGUUUUAUUAAAAGAAAAAGUUAUAACAAUAGAUGUUCAUUUGUUGAAGUUUAUGAUGAAAAAAAAUCAAAUCAUGGACACGAAAAUGAAAAUUUUGCUUCAAGGCAAAAAAGAAGAGAAACUUUUGACCAAAGUCGAAAAAAAAGAUUAUCUGAAUUCACUUCCCAAGAACAAUAUAAUUUUUAUGACGAAAAUGAAGUAAAAAUUGAAGAAAUGAAUCUAAAAAUGGACGAAUUAAAUGAUAAAUUAAAAACAGCGGAACAUAAAAUCGAGGUAUUAAAAAAUGAGAACACCGAUUUAAUGGAAAAAUGUGAAUUUUUAAAAAAGGAAUUAAAAGAUGUUCAAGGGGCUAAAAGAAAUUUAAUGUUAUGCGAAAGCAGAUUAAAUAUAUUAGAAAAAGAAUUGGAAGAAAAACAAAAAAAACUAGAUGCACAAAAUAAAACCGUGAAUGAAUGUGUUGAUAUAUAUGUGGAAGAAAAUUCAGAAAAUUUUAAUAAAAUAUUAGAAUUAAAACAAGCAAAUGAAAAAUAUAAAAUCGAAAUUAAAGUCUUAAAUGAUGAAAUUACACAAUUAAAAGCUGAUGUUAAAAAUUAUAAUAAUGACAUAAAAAAUAUUAAUUCUACUCUUGAGUUUUAUAAAUCCACACAUGAUGAAUUAGUAAAUGAAUUCGGAAAAGAAGAAACGAAUAAAAUAUAUUAUCAAAAAAUUUGUGACAUGUUAAAAAAGGAAAAUGAAAAUUUUAAGGAACAAAUCGAAAUUGAAGAAGAAAAUAAAAAAGAAUUAAUAAAUAGUAUAAAUGAAAUAAAAGAACAAUUAAAUAAUGCUAUGAAAGAAAACAAUGAAAUCGCUUUAGACGUGGAAUAUUUUCAAAUGCAAAAUAAUUUACUAAAAGAUUUUUGCAACCAUUAUAAAGAAAGAGAACGCAUAUUAAUAAACAAUAUUGAAAAUGAUCUUGAUAGUUCUAUUACUACAAGUAGUUUAAAGAACAUACAAAGUUAUAAAGGAGAAAACUUAAAAUCAUUCGUUAUGAAGCUUAAUGAAGAAAUAAAUAAUUUACAAAAUGAAUUAGAAGGAAAAUCAGAAAAUAUAGUAUCCUUAAAAUAUCAAAUAAAAGAAUAUCAUUUAGAUAAAAUAUCAAAAAACAAUGAGCAUUUACAAUAUAGUAAUAUUACUUCUGAAGAAAUAAUUGAUAUAAACAAUAUUACAUAUGUUCAAAAUAAUCUAUUUAUAUAUAUUAAUCUAUUUAAAAGUGUUUUGUUUAUUAUAAGUGAAAUUCUAUUUUUUAUUGAUCCAACAAAUAGUUUGUACUUUGAAAUACUAGCUCUUUUAAAAUUGAAAAGAAAUAAGGAUCAUAAUAAAGAUGUCGAAUUAGACGCCUCAAUCAAAUCAUUACAAUUAUCAAAAGGCGAAUGUGAUAAUAUUUUUAAAUCUAUUCUCAAGUCGAAAAAUUUACUAAGGGAAAAAUUGCAGCUAUUGCAAUUGAAAAUUUGUUGA